GUAUUUUGGUGUUGUUGAUAUAAGGUAUUGGAUCUUGAAGAUAAGAAGUGGAGAAGCAACAGUAUUAAAUGGAAGCUUGUUUACUUAUCAAAUAUGAAUACUCUCGUGCUUUGCAUAAGGUGCUGAACAAUCUUCGAGGACGCGUUCUUCUCUCAUUGAGCGGAAGCCUUGUUUCGCCAUUUCAUGUGCCAUAUCGUUCUUAGUUUUGACAGUAUGGUGAACCGAAAGCACACUCUUGCUGCCAUCAAUCAGCAGCACCAGGAAAUGAGGAAGAAAAGGACUGAAAUGGUGGCACGUUCCGGACAAAGCGAGGGACCACAUUGGCCAGCAGUGGCCCCUGACAUUGUUGCUGAUCACGAUGCUGAAAUGACAGAAAUGGUUGACGGAUGAUUGCAGUUGCAGCCGCAGCUCCUCGCACACCUCUCAAUCUCAGAAGACAAUCUCAGGUGAAUUCUAAUUGACCUAAAACCUUUUCUACUAUUAAGUUGGCAUUUACUUGCAUUUAACUGAAAUUCUUGAUUCUGCAGAAAAUUACAUAGUUUCUUGACUAGAGUACACCAAGGCAAACUGGAUACAUAAUUAAAACAAACGUAAAUAACAUAUUUUUUGGGUACAAUGGAAGAGUAAACCAAGACAAACAACUUUGACUUGAUACAUAACUAAAACAAAAGUAAAUAACAUUUUUUUGGGGGGGACAAAAGUAAAUAACUAGAAUAUGGCUUUAGCAGUUACAAAAGCUUCAGCCGUUUAGCAACUCUGAUGAUCAUGGCUUCUUCCUCUGAAACGGUAUCCACAUGUUUGUGAUCUGGUUUGUCCAUAACAAGACGUUCAUUAACCUUGCACUUCUUGCUGAAGCCGAGUUUGGCCAUUUUGUGCGCGCUUUUGUUCUCAUCAUUAAUCUGAUGCUUGGUAUCCUUGAUGCAACGCAUAACAGUAAUUUUGCUAUCAGCAUUAUGUAGCAGGACAAGAAUUUUGUGACAAGAAUUUUGUUGGCAAAAUUCUUGUCCUGCUACAUAAUGCUGACAACAAAAUUACUGUUAUGCGUUGCAUCAAGGAUACCAAGCAUCAGAUUAAUUAUGAGAACAAAAGCGCGCACAAAAUGGCCAAACUCGGCUUCAGCAAGAAGUGCAAGGUUAAUGAACGUCUUGUUAUGGACAAACCAGAUCACAAACAUGUGGAUACCGUUUCAGAGGAAGAAGCCAUGAUCAUCAGAGUUGCUAAACGGCUGAAGCUUUUGUAACUGCUAAAGCUUCAGCAAGAAGUGCAAGGUUAAUGAACGUCUUGUUAUGGACAAACUAGAUCACAAACAUGUGGAUACCGUUUCAGAGGAAGAAGCCAUGAUCAUCAGAGUUGCUAAACGGCUGAAGCUUUUGUAACUGCUAAAGCCAUAUUCUAGUUAUUUACUUUUGUCCCCCCCAAAAAAUGUUAUUUACUUUUGUUUUAGUUAUGUAUCAAGUCAAAGUUGUUUGUCUUGGUUUACUCUUCUAUUGUACCCCAAAAAUAUGUUAUUUACGUUUGUUUUAAUUAUGUAUCCAGUUUGCCUUGGUGUACUCUAGUCAAGAAACUAUGUAAUUUUCUGCAGAAUCAAGAAUUUCAGUUAAAUGCAAGUAAAUGCCAACCUAAUAGUAGAAAAGGUUUUAGGCCAAUUAGAAUUCACCUGAGAAGGGCGGUGAAUUACCUGCACUUCAGCACACACACCGAGUUUCGCUAGAUCGGUGCAACAGACAGCCCUUUGACCCCCUAUAAGCUGAUCCACCAAUUGUCUCUCUAUCUUCAACCUCAAAAACAACAGCUUGAAUAGGCCACGAGCUAAAGUUUGAGAAUUCCUUCGUUCUACAGAACGUGUCUCUAUCAAACCUGGAUUCCACAUUACACAGGAAAACCCAAUCAACAAAACAGUAUAUAUAUAAAACAUCAGCAUAAUCACCAAGAUUGCACAAAAACAGAACAAUGGCUAACAGUGGUAUACAAGAGACAUGUCAUGUUUCAGCACCGACAGCUCAAAGAAAACAGUUUUCAUCAAAUUUGUGAAAAUUCUGAGUACCCCAGCAACUUCACUUUCCAAAUCUGACAAGUAAGAUUGUAAAUUUCACACAUUGAAACAAAUUGGGAUUUCUCCUAUAAUAAUUUCUAGUUCUACCUUUACCAAGAAUCUCACAGAGACUACAAUGAGAGCUGAACACAAAAAUUCAACCAAAAAAAGUAUGAAGCCCAAACAGAGAAGAUGCCGAUUACCUGAAGUUUCCAAGCAUGAAGCCCACGGUCACUUUGAAUUCCAGAGAAUAUCCCGAACUGAAAACUCACAUUUAUUUUGAUAUCCAUUUACAAUUGGUGAUGCAAUAAUACCCUCUAGUUUGCUUGGUAAACCACCUGGAGAAAUGUGAGAAAGAAGAUGUAAAAUAACUGUAUCUGUGAUGAAAAAAAUAAAAAAAAUGUACACAAUAUUUGGAUGACUAAUUUACUUAUAUAUUCUUAUAUGUGAUUAUUGCUUAGAGUUGAAUAUUAUUCUUUCAUUUCAAAUUCAAAAUUUUCUAGGUAACGAACAUGGACGUGGACACAGAACAUGCAAACGGCGACGGUGGACGGCCUGCCGGGAAACCACCGGAAGCCACGCGAAGACCAACUUUCAAGGAAAAAGUACUCGGGAAGGAGACGAUUGAGAAACGUAAGCAAGUCUGCAACUUGGUGGAGGCUGGUGUCAUGAAGAAAGAUCUCAUUGAUGGGAGUAGCUUUUUCCCUAUGUUUGACUUCACAGAUAAGAGUGUUUAUGCUGAGAUCUGCAAACCAUGGAAGGAUUGCCUGGUUGUGAAACUCCUUGGUAAACAUAUUGGCUACAAAGCUCUGUGUGAUCGCCUCAGAAUGCCAUGGAAGCCAUCCGGUGGAAUGGAGAUACGUGAUCUACUUCACGGCUACUUCCUAGUGCAAUUUGAUAUACAGGAAGACAGAGAGAGGGCUAUGACGGAAGCGCCAUGGAUGAUAUAUGACCAUUACUUGGCAGUUAAGCCAUGGACAUCGGAUUUCGUUGCAGCGAACUCGAAGAUAAGCACCACGGCAGUUUGGAUUCGCAUCCCUAGCCUUGGUUUCCAAUUUUAUGAUGAGAGCAUUCUGCUCACAUUAGCUUCUGCAGUUGGGACUCCCAUUAAAGUUGAUAUGAAUACAGUGGACAUGUAGAGGGGGAAGUAUGCUAGAGUUUGUGUGGAAAUAGAUCUAAACAAGCCGGUGUUAGGGAAGGUCGGUUUGUGUGGUGUUUGGUAUAAUGUUGAAUAUGAGGGGCUGCACCUCCUCUAUUCGAAUUGCGGUUGCUACGAUCACCUCUUCCGAUAAUGCGCAGGGUUGCCAGUACCACAACCACAGGCCCAACAUUGUUCUGUCCCCGAGGCUUCACCAGAGAUACCGGCGGAGAUAGCCACCACAGCUCAAACAAGUGAACAUGACAUAAC